AUGUCAUGGAAUGCGUUAUUUGUGCCACUAGUGGUGAUUGUGCUUUUGGUAGUGCUCUCUCCGGUUUUCAAGUCAACAUGGCCAUUUUCGACUUUCUACCAUAGAGUGUUUCAGCCCUUUGUAGCCGAUGACCAUAAAUAUCGCUGGAAGUUUCAUUUGGUUCCUCUUUUCUAUACUUCAAUAUACCUGUACCUAGUGUUCACAUACCAUACCAGGGUAGAGCCCCUAAUCAAGACUGAAUUGUUCCUUCUGGAACGGAUACUAAUCGUGCCGAUCAUUAUAUUACCACCUGUAGUAUUAGGUAUUUUGGUGAUGGUAACUAAAGCCGAGGAUUCAAACAAUCAUAAACAAGGCUCCACAGAAAAGUACCCGUACGACUACUUACUGUAUUAUCCUGGCGUAAAGUGUUCCACGUGCCGUACUAUCAAGGUGGCUAGGUCCAAACAUUGCAGUAUUUGUAAUCGGUGCGUUCUGGUAGCUGACCAUCAUUGUAUUUGGGUAAAUAACUGCAUUGGGAAGGGGAACUAUUUCCAAUUCUACUUCUUCCUAUUUUCCAACAUUUUUUCAAUGAGCUAUGCUUUCCUGAGGCUAUACUUUAUAUCUCUCAGCAGCACUGCUGUGCUUCCUAGAGCAGUUCUGACUCUAACCAUAUUAUGUGGAUGCUUUACGAUUAUUUGCGCUAUUUUCACAUACCUUCAAUUAGCCAUUGUCAAGGAAGGAAUGACUACAAAUGAGCAAGACAAAUGGUAUACUAUUCAAGAGUACAUGAGAGAAGGUAAACUAGUAAGAUCGUUAGAUGAUGAAUCCCAAUCCUGGUUUCUCAAAUUUACAGAAAAAAGCGACACUGGCGAACCUCUCCAAGACCAACAGGUCACAUUUUAUAGCACAAACGCGUACGACCAUCAACGUUAUAGCCUAAAGCAUUACAUAACGAUCAAAGACGCAUCCGAAAUUACCAACUUAUAUGACAAAGGUACCUUCUUGGCUAACUUAAUAGACUUAAUGUAA